GGUGCGCUAACGAUCCAGGUCAUACUGGUAAGACUAGUUCCUUUUGGCGCGCGCUCAGGCAGAGUGAAGUUCCCCCCUCCCUCAACAGCGUGACAACCAGCCACUGUUUCAGUCUCAGACGACUUAAGAACCAUCCAGAGGUGUAUAUCAUCGAAUCGAUUCACUUUCCUGAAGUACCAAAGGACAGAAAAUAAUGGCAUCUGGAAUCAAAGUUACUGAUGAAGUGGUUACAGCAUACGCUGAAGUAAAGGAAAAGCACAAGUUCAAGUACGUGGUGUUUAAGGUGUCAGAUAACGAGAAAGAGAUCGUCGUGGAUCGCAAAGUAGAGGAGUCGUCCUGGGAGGACUUCCAGGCCAGUUUCCCCAGUGAUGAACCACGCUGGAGUGUCUACGACUUCGACUACAAGAACAAGGAGGGACAGGAUCGCAACAAGCUCAUCCUCGUCAAGUGGUGCCCAGAUAACGUCAAAAUCAAGGCUAAGAUGAUGCACUCCUCCAGCUCUGAUGCCCUGGGCAAGAAGUGCAAAGGUGUGCCCAUCCAGGCCAACGAUCGCGACGAACUCAACUACAAUGAAGUGAGGGACAAGAUCCUCUCAACUAGCCAGUAGUGUCUCGAGUCCAAGCCUCAAUUCACCUUUUUUGCAAUGCAAUCUUUUGCUUCAGGACUCUGUGAGAUUUGGUAGCCUCGUAAAACCGUUGGGUUUUAUAAACUUACCUUAAGAGACAGACCUUGGUUUUCUGGUACAUGAAUGUAGAACUUAUAAUGAUUGCUUCUUUUGCAAAACUUCAUGGAAAAUGUGUCCAUCAAACUUUCUGGCAUUUUACAGAUAAACCUACUGAAACCUAAUGUAGUUAUGCCUCAGAAUACAAUGCAUUGACAAGAUGAUCAGUGCAAAAAUGACUCUAUGCAAGCAGCCACCAUGAUGUCAUGUGGUAGGCAAAAAGCCGUUAACAGUAGGGUAAUUUGCAUACUGAUAAUUUGCAUAUAUCUUCAACUAAUUUGCAUGUAUGUGAUGAAGAAAAAAAAACAGUGACCACAUGUAUUGGCAGGCAUGUCUUGUCAAUAACAGAAUAUUUAUCUCUAUUGACAAGAUGAUCCUGUAAAUAGUGCAAAAUUUUCUGUUAUUGAUAGAAUGAUCUUGUCAAAAACCAUUUCCAAUUAUUUUACCACACUGUUGCGAACCUACAUUUUUUUUAUGAAGCCAACUUAAAUACGGACAGGAGAAACACAGUAAAAUACUAUAUUUCUUAUGAAGUUUCACAAAAAACUUAAACCCAAUGAUUUAACGAUACUACCAUAAUAUUAAAUAGAGACCCAGCAAAGGUUUGUGAAAAUGUCAAAAUGGUGAAUACAUUCCUCCUUUUUCGAGACUAAACUUUGUAUUUCUCGGCAGAUAUAAUUUUUUUUUCGCUCCAUCGGAUAUCACAGACCAAAUCAUCACAUUAUAAUUAAUAGUUUUAAUUGUAUAUCUUGGAUUGGUGAAUUUGUUAAAUGCAAGAUUAGCUGAGGCAGUAUCAUUUCUAUUUUGAUAACCACAACAGAUUUUAUACCUGUUAGAAGUAGUAUAAAGUUUGGAAGGUAUUUCUGCUAUUCACAUAGACACAAAUUAGUAUAUACAAUAUAAAGCUAUGGUUUGAAGUAUUCAGAGAUAACACAGAUUGUGAAAGUGGUUAGAGGGAUUGGAACUCCUGAACUAUGUAAUUGAUAGAUUGUUUAUAUUCCACUGUUACUCAGCUAUACUUUCAGGGCAACUCUGUGUCCACAGUAUACAUGUAUGCACUGCAAAGCUGUACAACUCGGAAUAGGAAAUAAACCAGUUUACUAUUAGUACAAGUA